UGUGUGCAGGUGCCUUAUUUUUUGUUUAUAGUAAAAAAAUGCGGAGUUUUACGCCAGUCACCCACACGCUGAGCUUUCCAGAGCAAUUGGAAUGCUUUGAAUUCUGUGGCAGCGAUUUCGCCUGUAAUUUGAUAGCACUUGGAAGCAAUAAAAAGAUUAUUCUUGGUAUCAUAAGUUUGCCGGAAGAAGCUGGUUGUUUUGAUUGGAAGCAUUUAAAAGACUUAUACCACGAGAGUCGCUGUGUGUCACUUUGCUUUGCCCCAGAAACUUCGCUGGCGGGGGUGCCAAAAUCGGUUAUGUUUUGCGCAGCUGGUUCCGAUUUCCGAUUGCGUAUAUUCCGUACAGACUUGCAGAACUCUGACACUGUUCAAGUACUCAAUGGCCAUACAAACUAUAUCAACGAAGUUGUAUGGGACUGCAAUGGCGAGUUUCUGACAUCUGUUGGCGACGAUAAUACUUGUCGUAUCUGGGAUGCUAAAGAUAAUUUUGAAAAUACCGUAACAUUUCAUUUGCAAUCAGCUGGCAUGUCUGUAAAGUGCCACCCAGAGGAACCGCGCAAAGUACUUGUGGCCGAGAAAAGGGGUGUCAUACAUUUGUACAAUGUGCAGACACAGACGGCGAUUAUAUCGGUUGAAGCGCAAAAGUUUCCGCUCAGAUCAGUGGAUUGGUGUCCGCUGAACCGCAUGUGCAUUACCGCACUUGUAGCGGGCGAUAUAAUUACUUGGGAUCUACGACGCCCCACACCCAUCGAUAUAAAGCAAGUACAUGAAGACGGUGGACAAAUAGUGCGCAUAGCACCCAAUGCAGAGACAGUAAUAGCCAGUGUUGGUCGACCGGAUAUUGCAGUUAAAGUUUUCACCGCUAAAUCAAGAAUACCACUAGUGGAUGCCGCGCUCAAGCUGUACGGUGGCUUGUCCUGGCACCAUCGCUUACCCUACAUUGGUGUGGCUACAGAUCGAAAGUUAUGUCUAUGGAAAUUACAAAUUAAAUAAACCGAAGAAUUCGUUCUAUUGCUAA